AACAACGCGUACGAAGAAGCGAGAGAAAUUGUUCGAUUUCGUUUCGCCGCUGAUAGCGUCGCCGGUCGCUCAUCUUUCUUCAGCCGCCGGUCUUCCAUCUUCCUGCUAUUAUAGUGGCCAUGGCUGAGACAGAUGUUGCUGCUUUAAUGGAUGCUGUACCUUUGCUGAUUGAACAGUUGAGCAAGGCAUUGUCGGAGCUGGAGUCUCAUGAAGAUGCUAGCAUAAACAAAGCUCAGUUAAUGGAAAUUCUGGAGCACUUCAGGCAACUUGAGGCAAUGAUGCUACGCAAGUACCUGGACUUAGACAUUAGAGAGAAGGCCUUCUGCGAACAAGAAUCUGUUUCUCAAGAUCUGAUUAGUUCACAGGAGGCAGAUGUUGUUAGAAAGGAGCAAGAUAUGUUGGAUCGUAUACAAAAACUGAAAGAUGCCGCUGCCUCUGCCAUAGCUGAAGCAUGNCCGUUUGGUGCUGGCUUCACUAGAGGGCUUCUACCCACCUGAUGAGCCUAGUGAAAAUGGUGAGAAAAAAACCGAUAUCAUUCAGGACAUUCGUCGCUCCUGCCUUGUGUGCAUAAAAGCCAUGGCCACAUAUUUGGCAAUGGCUGAUCAAGGCUCUGAUUGCACACUGUCCCCUGAAAUUAUGCAGCAGGCCAAAUCCAUUGCUGAUGAAUGGAAGCCUAAAAUGGCUAAUGCUGCCAUUUGUUCUGCCAGUGAGAAUUCAUUGGAAACUGAGGCAUUUUUGCAGCUUCUUGCAACUUUUAGAAUUUCUUCAGAGUUUGAUGAAGAGGAACUCUGCAAGCUUGUUCUUGCAGGUGCUCACAAAAGGCCAGGGCCUGAGCUCUGCCGUUCUCUUGGCUUAACACACAGAAUUUCAGGUGUAGUCCAAGCAUUGAUCAAUAGAGGGAAGGAAAUUGAUGCCGCCCAUUUUAUACAUGCAUUUCAGCUUACUGAAAGUUUUCCAAUUGCUCCCAUUUUAAAGGCACACUUAAAGGACCUCAGAAGGAGUUUACAAGGGAAAGGUGCUAGCUCAGGGAAUGCAGAGACCAAUGCAAAUGCUCAAGAACUUGCAGCCCUGAAGGGUAUAGUUGAGUGUAUUCAAGAUUACGGUCUUGAAGAGGAGUACCCACUAGAUCCACUCCAAAGAAGGAUUGCUCAACUGGAAUGCUCAAAGACUUACAAUAUUAGUCUCAAUAAAAAGAGAUAUGCUGAAUCACAGGGUAGACAAUUGAAUCCCAACAAGAAGCCAAAUACAAAUGGGGUGUCUGCCUCCACUCCAAGAUAUCCUCCUCUUGCGCAUGAUUCUCAAACACCAACACCACAUGCGCAGCAGGAAUAUGACCCGAGAUCGCAUCAUAAUUAUUAUCAUCAUCCAGCUGAUGAAAAGGUGGCCUCGACUUUGCACUCUUCUGCUACUGCAUUUAGUCACGGGGUAGGCAAGUGAAUUGCAGGGCACUGCGCGCCAACCGUAGAUAUCUCAAUGAGUUUGAAGAGCUUUUGCUUAGAAAAGACCGCCCUGACUUUUUCAUCAUUGUUGGAAUGAAUUGUGUUUUUAAUAUCUCAUAUCGAAUCAUUUUCUUGAAAGUAUAAUGUAUGAUUUUGUGUUUAGCUUAGCCUUAGGGGUAGAGGCCUAAACUCACUUCCUGGCAUGUGCCCAACUCUACUUUCUUCAUCUUAGAUUAACUAAAAAGACACUACGUCAAAGGACUUUGAUCUGGCUUCGUUUCAAGGGUACUGAAAGGUAUUUACUUCCCUG